CCAUCUCUAGUUUAAUGUUGUUCUGUUUUUCUCUGUGUGUGUCAUCUCCUCCUUUGUUACGCGUCUACAUUUCAACACACUUUUUUUUUUUUUUCUCUCUCUCUCUUUCAUUGGCAUUUUAGAUUGAUACCAAAGUAGCAAACUUGGCUUGCUUCUCAAUACAAAAGCCUACACCUUUUUGCUCUUUUCCAUUAAAUUUUAUUAUAUUAUUAUUAUAUCAUCCAAAGUGGGUUGUUUUUCUUCUUUUUUUUCGGUGGAGUUGUGAUUGGGUUUCGUGUGAUGAGAGGUGAAGGGACCAAUAUUGGAUCUCUUCAAGGAAUUCGAUGUUACUGAGACUUGACUUCAUUUGGUGAAGAAGAGACCCAGUUUUCCCUCAGUUUGUGUUAUUGUUUUUGCUGUUAGUGAUUUAUGGACACUGGUGGUCGACUCAUUGCUGGUUCUCAUAACAGAAACGAGUUCGUGUUGAUCAAUGCAGAUGAAAACGCAAGAAUAAAGUCUGUGCAAGAAUUGAGCGGGCAAACAUGUCAGAUCUGCGGGGAUGAGAUUGAGAUUACAGUGGAUGGAGAGCCCUUUGUUGCCUGCAAUGAAUGUGCUUUCCCGGUUUGCAGACCCUGCUACGAGUAUGAGAGAAGAGAGGGUAACCAAGCUUGCCCUCAGUGCAAAACCAGAUACAAACGAAUCAAAGGCAGUCCUAGGGUUGAAGGUGAUGAGGAAGAAGAUGGCAUAGAUGAUCUGGACAAUGAGUUUGACUAUGAUGCUUCGGACCCUCAACAAGUUGCUGAGGCCAUGCUCAAUGCACGCCUUAACACUGGCCGUGGUACCCACCAAAAUGCCUCUGGAAUGCCUGCAUCUUCAGAACUUGAUUCUUCUCUUCCUAGCUCUCAAAUUCCUCUCUUGACCUAUGGUGAAGAGGAUUCGGAGAUUUCUGCUGAUCAUCAUGCUCUCAUUGUACCCCAAUUUAUGGGCAAUGGAAAUAGAGCUCAUCCAAUGCCUUGUAGUGAUCCAUCUGUACCUUUGCAACCCAGACCUAUGGUUCCUAAGAAAGAUAUAGCAGUAUAUGGCUAUGGAAGUGUCGCAUGGAAGGAUCGGAUGGAGGAGUGGAAGAAAAGGCAGAAUGACAAACUUCAGGUAGUUAAGCAUGAAGGAGGGAAUGAUGGAGGAAACUUUGAUGGAAAGGAGCUGGAUGAUGCUGAUUUGCCAAUGAUGGAUGAAGGCAGGCAACCACUUUCAAGGAAGCUACCAAUUCCUUCAAGCAAGAUAAAUCCAUACAGAAUGAUUAUCAUACUCCGUCUUGCAAUUCUUGGCUUAUUUUUCCACUAUAGACUGCUGCAUCCGGUCAGGGAUGCGUAUGGCUUGUGGUUGACAUCUGUAAUAUGUGAAAUAUGGUUUGCUGUUUCAUGGAUUCUGGAUCAAUUCCCUAAAUGGUGCCCUAUAGAACGUGAAACAUAUCUUGAUCGCCUAUCUCUGAGGUAUGAGAAAGAAGGGAAACCGUCAGAGUUGGCUAGUGUAGACAUUUUUGUGAGUACAGUGGAUCCAAUGAAAGAACCUCCACUGAUCACUGCAAACACUGUUCUGUCCAUCCUCGCUGUUGAUUAUCCUGUCGAUAAAGUUGCAUGCUAUGUAUCAGAUGAUGGUGCUGCCAUGCUUACAUUUGAAGCUCUCUCUGAGACGGCUGAAUUUGCUAGGAAAUGGGUCCCUUUCUGUAAAAAGUUCAAUAUUGAGCCCCGUGCUCCAGAGUGGUAUUUUUCUCAGAAGAUAGACUACCUAAGAAACAAAGUCCAUCCAGCUUUUGUCAGGGAAAGGCGAGCAAUGAAGAGAGAGUAUGAAGAAUUCAAAGUUCAGAUAAAUGGUUUGGUCGCCACAGCACAGAAGGUUCCUGAGGAUGGUUGGACAAUGCAGGAUGGAACUCCAUGGCCUGGAAACAAUGUUCGUGACCAUCCUGGCAUGAUUCAGGUUUUCCUGGGUGAUAAUGGUGUUCGAGAUGUGGAAGGAAAUGAACUACCUAGCCUAGUUUAUGUUUCUCGUGAGAAGAGGCCAGGUUUUGAACAUCAUAAAAAGGCUGGGGCUAUGAAUGCUUUGAUACGAGUCUCGGCUGUCCUUUCAAAUGCUCCUUAUCUGCUGAAUGUUGAUUGUGAUCACUAUAUUAACAAUAGUAAAGCACUUAGAGAAGCCAUGUGUUUCAUGAUGGACCCAACGUCCGGGAAAAAAGUUUGUUAUGUCCAGUUUCCUCAAAGAUUUGAUGGAAUUGAUAGACAUGAUAGAUACUCAAAUCGCAAUGUUGUGUUCUUCGAUAUCAACAUGAAAGGAUUAGAUGGCUUACAAGGACCGAUAUAUGUGGGAACAGGGUGUGUUUUCAGAAGACAAGCACUUUAUGGUUUUGAUGCGCCAGUUACAAAGAAGCCUCCUGGUAAAACCUGCAAUUGUUUGCCAAAAUGGUGUUGCUUUCUAUGCUGUUGUUCUAGAAAGAACAAGAAACAGAAGCAAAAGAAGGAGAAGACAAAGAAGUCUAAGCAAAGGGAAGCCUCAAAGCAGAUACAUGCUCUUGAAAACAUUGAAGGAGCAAUUUCAGAGUCAAACUCUCAGUCAUCAGUGACAUCUCAAAUGAAAUUGGAGAAGAAAUUUGGUCAGUCUCCUGUUUUUGUGGCUUCGACUCUUCCAGAGGAUGGAGGAGUUCCUCAAAAUGCUAGCCCUGCUUCAUUACUGAGAGAAGCAAUCCAAGUCAUAAGUUGUGGUUACGAAGAUAAAACAGAAUGGGGAAAGGAAGUUGGCUGGAUAUAUGGCUCUGUGACUGAGGAUAUAUUAACAGGAUUCAAGAUGCACUGUCAUGGCUGGCGAUCUGUGUACUGCAUACCUAAACGACCUGCUUUUAAGGGUUCAGCUCCUAUUAACCUCUCAGAUCGUCUGCACCAAGUUUUACGUUGGGCUCUUGGAUCUGUUGAAAUUUUCUUGAGCAGGCAUUGUCCCAUUUGGUACGGUUACGGGGGCGGAUUGAAAUGGUUGGAACGAUUUUCCUACAUAAACUCAGUCGUAUAUCCAUGGACCUCCAUUCCCUUGCUUGUUUACUGUACCCUUCCAGCUAUAUGUCUCCUUACCGGGAAGUUUAUUGUUCCUGAGAUUAGCAACUACGCCAGUCUAGUAUUCAUGGGUCUCUUCAUAUCAAUUGCUGCAACAGGUAUUCUCGAGAUGCAGUGGGGUGGUGUAGGAAUUGAUGACUGGUGGAGAAACGAACAAUUCUGGGUGAUUGGAGGUGUAUCAUCACACCUCUUUGCCCUCUUUCAGGGUUUACUGAAGGUUCUGGCUGGUGUCAGCACAAGCUUCACCGUGACCUCUAAAGCAGCCGACGACGGUGAAUUUUCUGAGCUUUACCUCUUCAAGUGGACAUCGUUACUCAUCCCUCCCACCACCUUAUUGAUCAUAAACAUAGUCGGCGUCGUGGUUGGAAUCUCGGAUGCCAUUAAUAAUGGUUAUGAUUCAUGGGGCCCAUUGUUUGGGCGACUAUUUUUCGCCUUUUGGGUUAUUAUCCACCUCUACCCCUUCCUCAAGGGUCUGCUUGGGAAACAAGACCGAAUGCCAACCAUUAUUUUGGUUUGGUCAAUCCUGCUGGCAUCGAUCUUGACACUUAUGUGGGUCCGAAUAAACCCAUUCGUCUCGAAAGAUGGCCCUGUAUUAGAAAUUUGCGGGCUGAAUUGUGAUGACUAGGAGCAUUACUUGAAUGAAGCAGUAGCUUUGGCUCUUGAGUUGUGAAGUUUGUUGCACAAGGCAUUUAUUUGUGUUCAUUUGUGCUGAAUGGUUGAGGUAAUGUUUACAUGAGCAAAGCAAAAAUUUUGUGGGAGACAAAUUAUAGGUUGGGCUGAUUGUAGAUAUAGGGAGGGGUGGAUGACACAUUGUUCUUUGUUUUACAGUGUUUUUUAUUAUUAUUUAGUAUUAAUUCUUUUAUUAAAAUUUGCAUGGGUUUUAGGUCUUUUUUUUUAAUGUAUUCUUUUGGAGGGUCUGUAUUCCUAAAGUGUACAUGGGAUAGGGUAUCUCAGAAUUUGCUCCCAUUAAAAUAUCCUCAAUUCUAUUGGCAUAAUCUGGACUUUUGGAGUAUGUUCACUCAAUGUGUACUCUUAUAAAUUGAUAGUAAUGAAUAAUAAUAGAACUAUAUUUGUUCCCUCA